AUGUCUGCCGCACCAGUUUCUUCCUCGACCUACCUCGACGCGGUCAAGUAUCGCCGUACGGUGUACGGAAUCAACGACAAGUCGCCAAUCCCAGACUCGCGGAUCGAGGAACUCGUCAAUGAGACGAUCCUCACUACCCCGUCCUCGUUCAACAGCCAAAGCACUCGAGUCCUUGUCGUUCUCGGCGAGCAGCACAAGAAGUUCUGGGACGCCGUGAGCGAGGCCACCAAGGCCAUCAUCUUGAAGUACAAGGGCGAGGAGGACUGGAAGCGCAACGAGGGCCGCCUUCAGGGAUUCCGAAACGGCUACGGCACCAUCGCCUUCUACGAAAACCAAGCAUCCGUGAAGGUCAUGCAAGAGAAGUUCGCCGAUUUCGCCGAUGCCUUCCCACAGUUCUCAGAGCACACUUCUGCCAUGCAUCAGAUCACGCUCUGGACUGCACUCGAGCUCGAGGGCUUUGGCGCCAGCUUACAGCAUCAGUAUGCCAUUCCAGGCGUGGACGAUGCGGUCAAGAAGCAGUUCGAUCUGCCAUCGGAGUGGAAUGCGAAGGCGUACUUGGUCUUUGGCGGUAAGGCGCAGGACCACCCCAACCGACCUGACAAGCUUCCUCUCAAGGAGACUGUCAAGUUCUUGAAUUAG